AUGGCUAGCUGUCAGAAGGUGAGGAAUGGGCAGAAUGAAGAUGAAAAUGACGGUGGUGCGAGGGAGGGCCUGGAUCGAGGUCCGGUGGUUCAAGAACAAGUUGUUCAGACAGAGGGAGUGGAAGGGCGGCCUGCUCCUAAGAAGACUUAUGCCAAAGCUAUUGGCAAUGCGGCAUGGCCUGAGAUAGACUCUCUUCCAAAACUGAUUCAAGAGGGUAACAUAAUGAGGAUCGUAAUCCCUCAGCAGGAUUAUGAAUCAAAAAGACAAUUGUUCAGAUUUGCCCUGAUAGGGCGUGUUAAUUUUCGUCUAAUAUCCUUAGACAAGCUGCACCAGGAAGCACGAGAUAAUUGGAAAUUGAGUCAAGGUGUGGUGAUGCAUCCCUUAGGGAAAGGAUAUGUUAUUUUUCAAUUUAAAUGUGAAGGGGACAAGGCAGCAGUUUGGCAGAGGAGUCCUAUGAAAAUUGGUGAGCAGAUGAUACGUUUCCAGCACUGGAAACUGGACUUCAAUAUUCAUGAGAAGCAAUCAUGGUCAAAACUCGUGUGGAUCCAUUUCCCCGACCUUCCACUCGAGUAUUGGCAUGAGAAUGUGUUGAUGUCUAUCGGUAAAGCAGUAGGUCAUCCUGUUGCCCUUGAUCGCAGAACAAGGGAAGGUCUAAUGGGACACUUUGCUAGAGUUCUAGUCGAGGUGGAUGUAUUUGAGGCGGCUGUUCGCGUCGACGAAGUGCAGGUGGAACGGAUGGAACCAGGAACUUCAAAGAUGUUUGGGUUUCAUCAAAAGGUUCAAUAUGAAGAUGAUCGAGUAAGGGCGGUGAAUGUUCCAGGUACUGUGUACGUUGAAGAUGGAGUUGACUCGGUCCGUAUCAACUCAAAUCGAUCUCAGUCUCCAAGUAAGGAAAGAUCGGUAGAGGAGGAUUCCCAUAUAUCUCCAAUAAAUAAUUCCUUCCAUGGAGCGGCUGAAGGGGGUAAUAUUCAAGUGGUGUUGGAAUCUUCCUUUUUUGUUGAGAACAAUGUUGGAAAGUCAACCUUGAUUGAGCCGAUUGGAAAUUUCAAUUCAAAUGUGGGAGUGUCAGUGAUGGAGGAGGGUGAGGUGGCAGAUUUUGAGGCUGAUUCAGUGGGAGAAUCGGAUGUGAAUUUAAUUGAGGAGGAAAACGGUUCUCAAGGUCAGUCUCUAAACCAGGCCGGUGUGAUUGGGAUUGGUUCAGACCUAGCCACAGCAGCUCGAGUCUCUCGACCUAGGAGAAAUCAGGUGACUAAGGGCAGAGGGGGUGGAGGUAGUGUUACCAGUAGGAGAAAUCAAUUUGGGAGUAUUGUAGAUCUUUCCUUUGUUCAUGCAAAUUGUUUCAAGGUCAGGCAUAGAGAGCUAGGGAUGGAAUUAGGAGCGGUGGUUCUCCCUACUGUCCCUUGGUCUAUGAUAGGGGACUUUAACGCCAUAUUACUAUCUAAUGAGAAAAGGGGUCCAGGAAGAUUCAAUGCGAGCUCUGCGGCGGAUUUCCAAGCGAUGGUGGAUACUUGUCUGUUGGUGCAAGUGCCUUCACAGGGAAGAAGUUCUUCUGAGAAUGCCUUCCGAUCAUGCGCCAAUUCUAGUAGUGUCAGCAGUGACACCAAAACCAGAAAUAAUUCCCCUAAUGUAGAUGAAGAAGUAAGGAAAGCUACUGUGCAGCUGAGUUCAGUGCAAGAUGAUAUAGAGGCUGCAGGGAUGACUGAUGAACUAUUUGGUGAAGAGGCUGACACCAAGACGGCUUUGCUCAAAGCUACUCAAAUGCAGGAAAAUUUAUUGUCUCAAAAAGCUAAGCAAAGGUGGAUGAAAGAUGGGGACAGAAACUCAAAAUUUUUUCACCUUUCUGUGAAAAUGAGGCGAGCUCGCAACCAAAUCCGUUCUUUAAAGGAGGAUGGAUCAUGGAUUGAUGAUCAGCAGGGUCUAUCUUCAUACAUAUCUGAAUUUUAUGAAGAUUUUCAUGCGCAGAAACCAACUUCCCAUCACAUAAAUUUUCCAGAUUGCAUUCCCUAG